AUGGUGACUCACCACCUUCCAGACCCCCAGGGCGUCACCGGGGAGCCCCUGCCCAUCACCACGGCGGUCCUGGCGAAGGCGGCCGCCGAGAGCGCCGCCACCGGCGGCGCGCUGGCCGCCGCGGCGGGGCGAGCCGCGCCGUCCGGCGGCGACAGCGGCGGCGGCGCCAGCGGGGGCGCGGAGGGCGUGCGGCCGAAGCCGUUAGUCAUCGACAUCGCGCUCCUCCAGCGGCUGAACGGCGGCGGCCCGCUGCCCAUCGCGGCGGCCGCAGCGGGCGCUGAUGCGGCGGGCGCGGCGGCGCUGAGCGCAGCGCGCAGCAAGCAGAAGGGCGGGUCCACACAGAAGAACAAGGCCGUCGGGAUCGUGGAGCAGAUGCAGGCCAAGCGCCUGAAGAAGCUGCAGGAUGACGCCCGCACCGACGAGGCGCUACUGCAGGCUAACUAUCUGGCCGCGCUGCGCCGCGCGGCGGCUGUCGAGGCUGCGGGGGACACGGCGGCGCGGCGGCUGACGCUGGAGUGGCUUGGGGCCGUGCCCACUGAGGAUGAGGUGGCAAAUAUCGGCCACUGGCUCACUACCCUGCAGGAGAUGACUCACGAUAUGGUGGACGGCGGCAAGCAGGAGGACGGCAACAGCGGCGGCGGCGGCGGCGGCGGCGCGUUGUAUGCGUCUGAGACCAACCGGCGGCACGCUGUGCGGGUGGCUCUGGAGUGCCUGAAGGAGCUUCGGGACGCUUUCAUUCCGCUGCAGAUGAUGGUGGAUGCGAAGGCCGCCGACACGGUGAAGCCUUACGCGGCGCACCCGCACCCCGCCGUCGCCGGCGCCGCGGCGCGCUUGCUGGAGCACUGGCGGGCGCUGGUGGCCGGCCACCUGCACGUGCUGUCGUGCCCGGCUUACGUUACCGACCCGGUCGGUGAUCUGGAGGACGACCUCAGAUCGGGCCGCGUCCCGCUGCCCGUGCUGCCGCCGCAGCGGCAGGCGCAGCUGGCGGCCGCCGCCGCCGCCGCCGCGGCGCACGCGUCAAAGGGCGGGACGAGCGGCGGGGGCGCGGCGGCGGCUGCCGCGGCCCCGGCCCCGGCAGACUUUCUGACACCGGGCCCGCAGGCCCGGGCUGGCGGCGGCGCUUCCGACUAUGGCGCACACCAGGCCGUCGCGGGGGCUCCAGGGUCGGCCUUGACGUCGCAGCAGCACGGGCAGCAGCAGCAGCCGCCUGGCAGCUUCGCCUUUGGAGCGGCUCAAGCGGGGGCACCGGAUGGCGCAGCUGCGCUGACGUACGCGCAGACGCCGGGGAUGCGGUCUGGGAGCGACCAGGCAGGUGCGGCGGCGUUCUAUACGCAUCAACAGCAGCAGCAGCAGCAGCAGCAGGAGCUAUUUGUGCCCGCGCACGGCCAGGGGCCGGGGUAUCAGCAGCAGCAGCUCAACGGGGCGGCGGCGCUGGGGCUAGCCCCCAUGCAGGUCGACGGGCCGCUGGGGUGA